CGAGCCCGCACCCGCGUCGCCUGGCACCUGGGGCUGUGCGUCCUUGUGCGCCCCAGCCGUCCACCGCCCCGGAGCGCUGCCCUCGGCCCUGGAGGGUGCCCGCGGCAUGCUGCCCGCCCUGUUCUCGGCGCUGGCGGGGCUGCUGCUCCUGCCGCUGCUGGUGACCCUGUGCUGUCCCCACUUCUUCCCCGACGUGAGCUACUUUCUGCGGGUGGCCGGCGUGGCGCGCCGGGUGCGCAGUUACGCGCGGCGGCGGCCGGUGCGCACCAUCCUGCAGGCGUUCUUGGAGGCGGCGCGCCGGACCCCGCACAAGCCCUUCCUGCUGUUCCGCGACGACACGCUCACCUAUGCGCAGGUGGACCGCAGGAGCAACCAGGUGGCCCGCGCGCUGCACGACCGCCUGGGCCUGCGCCAGGGCGACUGCGUGGCCGUGUUCAUGGGCAACGAGCCGGCCUACGUGUGGCUCUGGCUCGGGCUGGCCAAGCUGGGCUGCGCCAUGGCCUGCCUCAACAGCAACAUCCGCGCCAAGUCCCUGCUGCACUGCUUCCAGUGCUGCGGGGCCAAGGUGAUGCUGGCCGCGCCAGAACUACAAGCAGCUGUUGAAGAGGUGCUGCCUAGCCUGAAAAAAGAUGACGUGUCUAUCUAUUAUGUCAGCAGAACUUCUAACACAGAGGGAGUGAGCUCUUUCCUAGACAAAGUGGAUGAAGUAUCCACAGAACCUAUCCCGGAGUCUUGGAGGUCGGAAGUCACUUUUGCCACUCCAGCUUUAUACAUUUACACAUCUGGGACCACAGGUCUCCCAAAAGCUGCAAUGAUCAAUCACCAUCGCAUAUGGUAUGGAACUGGAGUUGCUCUUGCUAGUGGAAUGAGAAAAGAUGACAUAAUCUAUACGACUUUGCCCUUGUACCACAGUGCUGCACUUAUGAUUGGUGUACAUGGAUGUAUUGUGGCGGGUGCAACUCUUGUCCUCCGGACCAAGUUUUCAGCCAGCCAAUUUUGGGAUGACUGCAGAAAAUAUAAUGUCACUGUCAUUCAGUAUAUCGGUGAACUGCUUCGAUAUUUAUGCACCUUACCUCAGAAACCAAAUGACCGUGACCAUAAAGUGAGGAUGGCAGUUGGGAAUGGCCUGCGAGGAGAUGUGUGGAAAGAAUUCAUCAAGAAAUUUGGAGACAUCCAUAUAUAUGAGUUCUAUGCUGCCACUGAAGGCAAUAUUGGCUUUAUGAAUUACACAAGAAAAAUUGGUGCUGUUGGAAGAGUAAACUAUUUGCAGAGAAAAGUCAUAACUUAUGAAUUGAUUAAAUAUGAUGUGGAGAAAGAUGAGCCUGUCCGAGAUGGAAAUGGAUAUUGCAUCAAAGUUCCCAAAGGUGAAGUUGGACUCCUGAUUUGCAAAAUCACACGACUUACACCAUUCAGUGGCUAUGCUGGAGGAAAGACUCAGACAGAGAAGAAAAAACUGAAAGAUGUCUUUAAGAAGGGAGACCUCUAUUUCAACAGUGGAGAUCUCUUAAUGAUUGACCACGACAACUUUAUCUAUUUCCAUGACAGAGUUGGAGAUACUUUUCGGUGGAAAGGAGAGAAUGUGGCCACCACAGAAGUUGCUGACAUCCUCGGGCUGAUUGAUUUUAUUCAGGAAGUAAAUGUUUAUGGAGUCCCAGUGCCAGGACAUGAAGGUCGGAUUGGUAUGGCCUCAAUCAAGAUGAAGGAAGAUCGUGAAUUCGAUGGAAAGAAAGUCUUCAAACAUGUUGUCGACUACCUGCCCAGUUAUGCAAGGCCCCGAUUUCUGAGAAUACAGGAUAUCAUUGAGAUCACUGGAACUUUCAAACACCGCAAAGUGACGCUGGUGGAAGAGGGCUUUAACCCCACAGUCAUCAAAGAUGCCUUGUAUUUUUUGGAUGAGAAAGCAGAGAUGUACAUACCUAUGACUGAGGACAUUUAUAAUGCUAUCAGUGAGAAAUCUCUGAAACUCUAAAUAUUCCCAGAGCGGUCACUCAUCAUGUUUCCAGAAAGAAAUGGGAUGGACUUAGUACAGUCACUUGAUGUAAUCCAACUUUAAUUUGAUUGAAAAUUGUGAGGUGCAAUUUUGUAUGUGUGCAGAUCAAUAAGUGGAAGCUUUUGAAAAUUACAUCUGAGCCUUUAUAAGUGAAAAGAUUUAGAUAAUUAUUUUUCAAUUUGCAACUAUUUGUAUUGACAAACUAUGCUUGUUAGAAGGUGGUUUUUUAAUAUGUAAUAAAA